AAGAGGCUUGAAACCGAACGACGGGAGGACGCUUAUGUGAAGCUUCUGGUUUUGGUUUUAGGAAGAUCCCGAAAUAGUAUUUUUUUUUUCCAUAAUUUCAUGGCGUAAAAAAUAAUUAGUUCAUUUUUGUGUCCUUGAAUUUACCGGAAUAUGCAUUAUCCGAGCAGAACAAGCUCUGUGUGGAUUUACCUCGUCUUUGUGUUGCUGGGUUGCUGCUGGGAAGUGGCUUUAGGACAGCUUUCUUACUCCGUUUCAGAGGAGGUGAACCAAGGGACUGUUUUUGGGAAUAUUGCCAAAGAUCUCAACCUAAAUAUCAAUGAUUUGGAGACCCGUAUGUUCCAGAUCGUUGCAGGAUCGAAGAAAAAAUAUUUUGAGGUAAAUCUAAAGACCGGUGCCAUUUACGUCAAUGAGAGAAUAGAUCGAGAGGAACUGUGCGGUAAUGAAGCAAAAUGCUCAAUAAGUGUAGAAGCGGUUAUUAAUAAUCCUCUGAAGUUGUACCGCAUGCAAAUCGAAAUUUUAGACGUAAAUGAUAAUUCUCCCAGAUUUCUCAGCACGUCUCAGAUGAUCAACAUUAGUGAAAGCACAGCACCAGGGACUAAAUACCCGUUGCACCCAGCUCAUGAUGCAGACGUUGGAAAAAAAUCAGUGAGUACUUACAAACUUAGUCAGAAUGACCAUUUUUCUCUAGCAACGCCAAAAGGAGAAAAAAUAACACCAGAACUAGUGCUUCAGAAAGUGUUAGAUAGAGAAAAACAAUCUUUGAUUCAGUUCAUAGUGACCGCUGUUGAUGGAGGAACACCAGCAAAAUCAGGUAGUAUGACAAUAAUAGUAAAUGUUUUGGAUAAUAAUGACAACCCCCCAGCAUUCAGUCAAACUCUAUACAAAGCAAAAGUGUAUGAGAAUGUUAAAAUAGGGACAUCAAUAAUAAGACUGAAUGCUACAGAUUUAGAUGCAGGACAAAAUGGGCAAAUAAUAUAUUCCUUCAGUGAAGUAAGUGGAAAAGAGAAAGAUCUUUUUGCUAUAGAUGGAAAUACAGGGUGUGUAACAAAUAAAGAGAACAUAGACUUUGAAGAAAAUAAUGCUUUUGAGAUUCGAGUGCAAGCCAGAGAUAAAGGUUACUCUCCUCUAAACUCACAUGCUAAAUUGCUUAUUGAAGUUUUAGAUGAGAAUGACAAUGCUCCUGAAAUAACAGUAACAUCCCUGUUAAAUACAGUGAAAGAAGAUGCGGCCAUUGGCACAGCCAUUGCUCUUGUUUCAGUAUUUGAUAAAGACAGUGGUAAAAAUGCCAUCGUGAAUUGCAAAAUCUCCAAUUACGUUCCUUUUAAUUUAGAGUCAAGUUAUAAGAACUAUUAUUCUUUAGUUGUGAAUGGACCUUUGGACAGAGAAAAAGUGUCUUACUAUAAUAUCAGCAUCAUAGCUACAGAUGAAGGCAGCCCACCUCUCUCCAGCACCAGCGUCAUUAUUGUACAUGUCUCUGAUGUAAAUGAUAACAAACCUAAUUUCACAGAAGACAUUAUAAACAUCUUUAUGAAAGAAAACAGUCCAACAGGAGCAGUUAUUAAAACAGUGUCAGCAGUUGAUGCAGACACUGAUCAAAAUGGUCAGCUUAGCUACUCGCUUGUGCAUGACAAUAGUAACCCACUCCCACUCAGAUCAAUGAUCAGCAUAAAUUCAGAGACUGGAGAAAUAAUCAGUCUGCAGUCUUUUAACUUUGAGCAGCUAAAAACAUUUCAGUUUAAAGUUCAGGCCACAGACUCUGGUGUUCCUCCUCUCAGCAGCAACGUGACUGUUAAUGUUUUAAUUCUGGAUGAAAAUGAUAAUAAUCCAACAAUUUUAGCUCCUUAUUCUGAGCACGGCUCUGUUAACAGUGAGACCAUCCCCUAUUCUGCUGAAGCAGGAUACUUUGUAGCAAAGAUCAGGGCUGUGGACGCAGACUCUGGAUACAAUGCGCUGCUUUCUUAUCACCUGUCUGAGCCCAAAGGAAACAACCUGUUCAGGAUCGGAACCAGCACCGGGGAAAUCAGGACUAAGAGGAGAAUGAGCGACAAUGACCUGAAAACUCACCCCUUGGUGGUGCUGGUUUCUGAUAAUGGAGAACCUUCUCUGUCAGCUACUGUGUCUAUUGAUGUGAUGGUCGUUGAAAGCACAGCUGAUGUUCAGACUCAGUUCAGACAUGUGCCUAUAAAGGAGGACAACUUCUCUGAUUUGAACCUAUAUCUGCUGAUCGCCAUCGUGUCAGUCUCUGUGAUCUUUCUGCUGAGUCUCAUCAGUUUAAUAGCUGUCAGAUGCCACAGGACAGACGGUGAUUUCAGCAGGUACAGCGCCCCCAUGAUCACCACCCACCCUGAUGGGAGCUGGUCUUACUCUAAAGCUACUCAGCAGUAUGACGUGUGUUUCAGCUCAGACACACUGAAGAGUGAUGUAGUGGUUUUCCCCGCACCGUUUCCACCUGUAGAUGGUGAACUGAUCAGUAUAAAUGGAGGAGACACUUUUACCAGAACUCAGACUUUACCAAACAAAGACAAGGUAAGACUAGAUCUCCAUCCUUGUUAAUGCCUAUUUAUAUGUUGUGGUUUUGUCUAUGGAAUCCCGAAAGCAUAGUUGUGUGUAACUUUGCUCAUGUAAUUUUAUGUGGAAUUACUUUGUAGCUAAGUCUUUGAUAAAUCUGAUUUAUUAAAGACCGCGUUACGCUUGACUUCAUGGGUUAUUUCUUUGUUGCAUACCCGUCUUUGCCACUACACUGCUGCUUAUGUCUUUGGGUAACCUUUCGUUGUUCCA